CGCGCCACCUGUCAGAGUGCCACCUGGUGAGCGCGGCGCGGCGGGGCCAAGCCCCUCCUCCCGCGUCCCUUCUUUACUCCUCUCUGGCCCACGCUCUCCCUCCGCCUGGGUGCCCAGUCCCCAGCCCGGGAGGGUGCUGAGUCGCGUUUGCACCCGGUUUUCUUCCCCUCUCAGAUCUCUGCCGGGCUGGGGCUGAGCAAGCAGUCGGAGUGACCGUGGGCUGACGGCUGCUCCAGGGACCCUUGGAGCGGAGUGGGCAGUGCGCCAAGCCACCAUGCCGCGCUCAUUCCUCGUCAAGAGCAAGAAGGCUCACAGCUACCACCAGCCGCGCUCCCCAGGACCAGACUAUUCCCUCCGUUUGGAGAAUGUACCGACGCCCAGCCGAGCAGACAGCACUUCGAGUGCAGGCGGGGCUAAGGCGGAGGCCCGGGACCGCUUGUCCCCCGAGUCGCAGCUGACCGAGGGCCCCGACAGAGCCUCCGGGUCCCCAGACAGCUGCGAGGGCAGCGUCUGUGAUCAGAGCUCGGAGUUUGAGGACUUCUGGAGGCCUCCGUCGCCCUCCGUGUCUCCAGCCUCGGAGAAGUCGAUGUGCCAGUCGCUGGACGAAGCCCAGCCCUUCCCCCUGCCUUUCAAGCCGUACUCGUGGAGCGGCCUGGCGGGUUCCGACCUGCGGCACCUGGUGCAGAGCUACCGGCCGUGCGCGGCCCUGGAGCGUGGUGCGGGCCUGGGCCUCUUCUGCGAGCGCGCCCCGGAGCCGGGCCACCCGGCCGCGCUGUACGGCCCAGAGCGGGCUGCGGGCGGCGCGGGGGCCGGGGCGCCGGGGAGCUGUCGCGCAGGGGGCGGCGGUGCCAGCAGCGCGGGCUUGGGGCUGUACGGCGACUUCGGGCCCGCGGCGGCCGGCCUGUACGAGCGGUCGACAGCAGCGGCGGGCGGCCUGUACUCAGAGCGUGGCCACGGGCUGCACCCGGACAAGGGCGCCGGCGUCAAGGUGGAGUCCGAACUGCUGUGCACCCGUCUGCUGCUGGGCGGCGGCUCCUACAAGUGCAUCAAGUGCAGCAAGGUGUUCUCCACUCCGCACGGGCUCGAGGUGCACGUGCGCAGGUCCCACAGCGGCACCAGACCCUUUGCCUGCGAGAUGUGCGGCAAGACCUUCGGGCACGCGGUGAGCCUGGAGCAGCACAAAGCCGUGCACUCGCAGGAACGGAGCUUUGACUGUAAGAUCUGUGGCAAGAGCUUCAAGAGGUCAUCCACACUGUCCACACACCUGCUCAUCCACUCAGACACCCGGCCCUACCCCUGUCAGUACUGUGGCAAGAGGUUCCACCAGAAGUCAGACAUGAAGAAACACACCUUCAUCCACACGGGUGAGAAGCCCCACAAGUGCCAGGUGUGUGGCAAGGCAUUCAGCCAGAGCUCCAACCUCAUCACCCACAGCCGCAAACACACAGGCUUCAAGCCCUUCGGCUGUGACCUCUGUGGGAAGGGCUUCCAGAGGAAGGUGGACCUCCGGAGGCACCGGGAGACGCAGCACGGGCUCAAGUGAGCACCUGGCUGGUUGCGAGCUGCAGCUACACAACACUACAGAGGGCGUCCUCCCCGCGUGCUGCCACCCCUUUCCAACUUCUCAGGCCCCCCAGGUCCAGUCUGCAGAUCCCACCAGGGUGCUCCUUUGCCUUGCUUCCUGGAGCUGCCAGAGGGGAUGAGGUAACUUUUCAAAGUUCAGCCCAGAGUGAGAACAAAAGACUUACUGGGCUUUGGACACAAACAAGCUCCUCCACACCUGAAUAUGCAAAGUCAAGUGGGAAUCAGAUUUUGAAGUCUUGGGCCCCACAGUCCUUCACAUUCCCAACCCUGCUCCACCAACAGGAAGGUCCUUCGGGUUUCUUCCGUCCUCCUGGUCUACCCCAGACACUUGUGUGGAAGAUGAGGAAUCACCAUUUACAACGGGGACACAUGCUAAUAUUUUUAUGUAGAAAGAAGAAUGAGUGUUAUUUUUAUUUCUUUCCUUCUGGGGAGUCUGUCUACCCCUUUCUUUUGGGUACUGCCUAUAAAUCUUGGACGAAUCAUUUCUCCUCCUCGAAGACUGCUUCAGAAACUGAUUUUGAGGAAGGAAUUUAAUACUUUUGAAAUCACAAGAUGCACUGUCAAGCCCGUCCCAAGAAGGAGCAGAAGAAAAGUGGACUUGGUGAUGAGAGAGCAUUAGAGGUCUGCCCUACAGGGGGCAAAAGCCCAGAGCGUUGCCUGUGGGUUGCCCAGGUACCAGGCACCAUGCUAGGUACUGGGGAGCAGAGACUAAAGUCACAACCCCUGCUGGCUUGAACCUCCAACUGGCUAUAUCUGUUUUUUCCCUAAUAGGGAGUUCAAGAAGACAACACAGAAUCUUGAGCUUUCCCUUUGACUCUUUUGGAUUUUAUCAAAUGUAAACACAAGGUAGCUGACCGGUGACUUCAAAGAUUCAUAUGUAUAUUCAGUUUUUUAUUGUUAAGCUGAUAUUUUUAAGAUGUCUGAGCUAGCAGGCACGUGGGUGAAGGUUCUGUCUACAACUCGGACCCUCCAUGUGAACCACAGAGGGAAACAAGUAAUAUUUUUACUUUGAUAAGGUUUGUAAAUGUUUGCAUUAUGUUUGUUAAUACAUAUUUAUUAGAGUGAUGUUUUAAGUUAAUAAAGUGUUCAGACUAUUACAGAUUGCUUUCAUUUAGGCAAUGAACUUGGGAGAGACCUUUGUUUUAGUCUGUGGGGGAAAUCUGGCACUGAAGGAAGCCACAGUGGAGUAUAGGAGUAAAGCAGUCAAGCCAACGUCCAGAACAGUAAAAUCUGAUUGCUCUGGUUUCCAUAUGCUUUCUUCUUUUCUUCCACAUCUCAGAGACACUUCUUUCUUAACAGAAAAACUAUUAUAGAAGGGGUACAAAACUAAGCUCCUACCUUGUAAAGUCCCUGAUGGUCCCACAGGUACAUAAGCUCUUUCCUCUGGGUAUUUCAAAGAGUGUUUUGUUUUGUUUUCUGUUUUUUAAACAGGCCAGAAGGCUCCCAGUUGAACAAAGAAAUCACUGGCCUUAGGUCCAGAGAUUUGAGUCUUAGUCACGGCCCUGUCACCAACACAUUGUGUGACUUGGGCAAAUCUUUUAACUUCCCUGAUACCGGUUUCCUUGACCAUAAAAUGUGGAUAUGGUUCUGCCAUCCCAGUCCAAUCCUGACUACUUUGAUUCUGUAUAGAAUGGAGAGGAGAAAACAUACGAGACUGGUUAGCUUGGCUCACCUAAGGCAAGUCACAAAUCUAAAGAUGCAUUAGGAUCAGUAAAAUGGAGAUCUGGUUUAUUUUUGACUCAUCCCAUCGGUGGGAAUUUCUUGCAUCCCUUAAAAGAAUGAAACCAGAAUGAGGUCAUGGCCUGAAUCUCUACCACCAGUGCUUUUAGCACAUCACAGCCAUUCAGGGUAUGCUUGGCCCAUGGUGACCACCAGCAGAUUGGUGUUGGUGGUCACCAUGCACCAUUCAAAUCAAUUUCAGGCACAGUGAUUGAGCACCCAGUGUGUGCCUGGCACACACUGUGUGCCAGGGCAGGGGGUGGGGUACAGCAGUGAGGACAAUGUCCUAUGGAGCUUUAUUUAUUUGGUCACUGCUGAAUCUUCAGGUCCAGAACAGUGUCUGGCACACAAUAGGCGAUCAAGUAUUUGCUGAGAUGGCAAGUGAGUAAUCAGAGAAAAUAAACUCCUGCUUCAUCCCAUGGGCUGGCUCUGCUCUUUAUAGCACAAAGGGAAGAGAAAUUACUUGAGUGCCUAGGAAACAAAUGGAACACACAGGGCUUUCUCUCUGGGUUGGUGGGAAAGGUGGGGCUUGGGAGCUGCCUUUUUCCAGCCUCUUCAAAUCUCAGUCCUUGGCUGUCCUCACUUGAUUUCCAACACCAUGUCUUUCCAUGUCAGUUUACUCUCAUUCCAAAUUUAAAUUUGUUUUUUCUGUAAUACAAUUUAAGAUUGUUUUUCAGAACUGAUGGGUGAUGAAUAGUUACAGCAUCCAGGAACCAUUUCCUAGUGUCCUGGGAGACAAACCUCCCAAGGAAUAAAGAUGGCAAAAUACCCUUCCCAUAAAAGUCACCUUGUAUACUGGUUGGUUAUUCCAACUUCUUUGAAAAGUAACGAAGUUGCACUGAGGGGUAAGUAGAACUGAUUGAAAGCUAGGUGUUUGUCCUAUCCUGCACUUCCCUUACAACAUUAGGAACAUUUGGUCCAUUUUCAUUAUCCUUGUUUGUGGUAUAAAUGAAGAGUUGUAAUUCUGAUGUUAACUGUAUGUGGUUUUUUUUUGGAAAAAAUUCAUCUUAAUAUUCCCAGUUCAGAAUCAGAACAAAUUACUGCGCCUGUUGCUGUGUGAAAUUUGAAGAUCACAAAUAUCUCUCUUAAUGUUAUUACUUGACUCCAUUAAAAAUAGAUUGUGAAUAUUCCAUGUCACAUUAUUCAUGAGGCAGGUUCUAUGCCUUUUGUCUGCUGGAGUAAUAGUAGAAAGGGUAACAAGAGACACCAGAGCACACCUUUGUUUCUUUCACUAAAUUUUUAAUAACACCUCCAGCUAGCCAGUUGGUGAAGCUCAGCUCUUGCAUAAAAGUGGAAAAGCACAGCUAUCUCUGAGAGGACCAACUCUUUCAGCAGCUAAUUUGAGUUUGCGUUCAUCUACACCAGACAUGAUUAAAUUACCUAUCAAGUGUGCUGAGCUAUCAGGAUUCAGGCCAUGUAAAAGGUGAAUUUCAUCUGAUUGAUUUGAGACACGAAUGGAACAAAUGAGUUUUAAAAGCCCCGCCUUAAUUAAAGGGUUAGCAAAGUAUCACUCUCUGGCGACUUCUUGACUGCCAUUGCCCUUGAAAACUGGAUGGCGAUAGUGAUUUGACCCAAGUCAUUUUGUUGUGUGCCUGUUUGUUUAACCUGAUCAUUUAACAGAAGAAAUGAACUCAGAGGAAGACCUAAAAAGACUUCACUAUUUUUUACUACGCAUUUCUAAAGCACUAUGUUUAAAUCUGUGUUGCUAUAUUAUUUUUACAGUAAAAACU